AUGAAGGAGGAGACACGAAAGGGGCCGUGGACGGAGCAGGAGGACCGGCAACUGGUGAGCUCGGUGGGACUUCUGGGCGAUCGACGAUGGGAUUUCGUAGCCAAAGUCUCAGGUUCGAGUGGUUGGCGGGGAAAAUCAAAUGUACACACAUCUAAUAACAUCUAUCCGUUCCGGAUAGGCUCGCUCUAGGAGAAGAUUCUGAAGGCGGCGGCUAAUGGUUAAGAACCCUAUUUCUUCUUUUUUCGCGGCAGGACUCAACAGAACGGGGAAGAGUUGCAGGCUUCGUUGGGUCAAUUACCUCGAUCCUUGCCUGAAGCGCGGCCGGAUGACUCCCCAGGAAGAGUACCUCAUCCUCGAGCUCCAUUCCCGUUGGGGGAACAGGUUCUUGCUGAUCUUCCCGUUACGAUCAAACUGCGUGGUUUUGUUUCCGGUUCAUGGUUCAUACAGUUAACUUGGAUGUGCGAUGAUCGAUGGGAAAUUUUCAUUGAUGAAACCAGAAGAAUUCUUAGAAGACGUCGUUCGGAAUGCUCGUAUUUUCAAUCAAAAAAUCCAGUUGUCUAUAUAUCUAAUUCUUUUUCAUGGCCAUGAGUGCAGGUGGUCUCGCAUUGCUCGGAGGCUGCCUGGCAGGACAGACAAUGAGAUCAAGAACUACUGGAGAACUCACAUGAGGAAGAAGGCUCAACAAGGGAGGACUAAGGUAGCGUCUCCACCGCAGUCCUCGGCCUCCUCCUCGUCUUCCUCGUGGCAGCAAAGCGCACACCCGUUCGAGGCCCCCUCUGAGAACCCGGAACCGUGUGGUGCCGCUAUGGUGGCCGCGGUUCGGGAGAAGAGAGACGAUGGCAAGCUGGAGGGGUACCCCAUGGAGCAGAUCUGGGAUGAGAUGGUGCCGCCGGCGGAGAUGACUGGGCUGUCCCGCUACGAAGAGUUCUGCGAGGACGAGGCCUGCAACAUUUCCUGCUCUCCCAUGUCCUCCCCGCUAUGGGACUACUCAAGAGACACGUCGUUUGGGAAGAUCGAUGAAGAGUUUAAGAUGUUCCUCCCGUUCUCCAUUCCCGCCUGGAGCAUGGAGGAGAAUCCUGCUGACACCCAAACCCUACCCGUCCAUCUUUCCCCGUCCAAUGCUUCUUCAUCGACUUGCGGCAGAUGCAGCAUCAUCAGGUAG